AUGGACACGAGACAGAAAGAAAAUGAAAAGGAGAUGGAGAAGGAGAAGGAGACAGCCCCUGGGGAUCGUAACCCUAAGGUACAGACUUGGACCGUGGUAAAGGAAAAGCACCGUGAGGACUCAGGCCAUGGGAAGAUGUGUGGUGAAUGGGUCAUUCCUAGUAGUGGUGUUAUCUUAGUAGUUUAUUGUGCAACUUGUGAACUUAUACUAGCCUAA